CGACGGUACUAUAAAGCUUUUAAGUCCGAGUCUCGGCUAAGAUUAAGAGCGCAGGUGCUGCUGCACAGACAGGACUCUAUGGGACAGCAAAAUAAUCAAUAAAAAUGGAAAAAAUGACUGAGGUAGUUGCAACCAAGUCUCAGGAGGAGUAUGAAGAUGACUUUGAAAAGGAUCUUGACUGGCUAAUCAGUGAAGAGGGCCGAAGUGAAGAGCAGGGCUGUGAAUAUGAUGCAAAAAAAGACAAAGAGGAGGAGGAACACGUGAAAGCAGUAAUAGCGAAAAUAAUUGAAAACGGGAGCCAAAAACCAGGCCAUGUGGAAGAGGAUGAGGAGAGGUGGCCCUCUCCUAUGGAGCCAUUAGAGUACGACAUAGACCAGGAGGGCCCAAGUAAAUCAUCGCCUCUUGAGGCAGAGGAGCAGUCAGAUGAAGAAAAGAAGUACAUGUUAGAGAAAAUCCAGCAGGCUAACAAGGAGCUGCAAGAGCAGGAAACGCCAGAUGUGACUAGAAGGAGGCGGCUACAUUUUAAAGAGACACUGGUGGACCUGGUGGUGCCCCCAAUUGAUCUUCAGGCAGAAUGCAACACCACUGAGAAUAAUGAAAAAAAUAGCAGCAAAGGUGAAACAACGGUUCCUGGUGCAGACACAGAAGUAUCGGGGAAGAUGUCUGAGUUGAAGCUCUCUCCUCGUAAUGAAAGCAUAAGAUUGAAGGGAUCGAACGAUGAGGACCUGGAGCAAUCUAAGGAGAUUAAAGUUCUUGUGGAAAAAAAUGGGAAGUUUGACUUUGUUAGUAUGAAGGAUGUGGAGUGUCAGAGUGUCCUCCCUCCUAUAACAAACAAUGUAGGCAAUAGUACACAGUCUUCACCAGGUAUCCAUCAGCGGGUGGGCAAAACCUACAGCUCCUUCUCUCCUCAGCACCGUAUCGGCUCAUCCUCCUUUAACUUUGGCAUCAAUCCACUUCAAGCACCAAGACCUCCGACUCAGCCCAAGAUCAGACCCAGUUCAGCCAGUCAUAGCCAGAGAGGGACCCAGAGCAAAAACAGCAAGAGGCGGGUGCAGUCUGCAGCAGGAACACCAUCACAGGCCACCUAUACCCUCUCACCACAACAGAAAGAGCUGCUGCAGAGGAUCCAGGAGAAGAAGGAGAGGCUCGCUAGAGAGGCAGAGCAGAGGAAACAUGAAGAAGAGGAGCUUAAGAGACAGGAGAAUGAGCAGGCCUUUAAAGCGUGGUUGAUGAGGAAAAGAGAGCAGCUUAAUGAGGAGAGAAGGAUCCAACGUGCAAAGGAGAUAGAGAUGAUAAAAAGAGACUCCUGUGACCCAGAAGAGGCCUUCAGGUCAUGGCUUCAGAGGAAAAAGGAGCAGCAACAGAGAGAGAGGCAGCUGGUGGAGCUCAGGAAACUUGAGGAGGACAGUAGUUACCUCUUACACAGCAGAGAGGAGUGUGAGCGUGCCUUCAAACUGUGGCUUAAGCGUAAACACGCUGAAAAGCGAGCAGAACAGCAGGCAGUCAGAGAGCACUCCCGUAGGCUGGUGAUGGAGGAGCGCCGUGCACGCCAUAUGAGGGACCUGAUGUGCCCUGUCAGUGAAACAAGGCCCUUUCGGUUCAUGGAGCAGCUGACAUCUUUAAUGAAAAAAGAAGGUUUUCAUCUCUAAUUCUAACUUCAGCUGUCUAAAACAUAAAUAAUUCUGAAACACACACGCUCACCAUUCAGAUAUUAUAGAAUGUGCAAAAUUAUACUAUCUCUUUAAGAAAAAAAUAUAUUCAGUAUGAAAAAUGUUACAAUUAUUACAAUUCCCCAAUAUUGAAUCAGUGUAUCACCUACUUUGAAAACAUAACUAUUACUGGAAAUAAAAAAAUAAAAAAACUGAGUGAAAUUGUAGUGUUAGCAUUAGUACUUAGAUGCUGUAAGAUAUUUGGACUUAAAAUUAUAAAAAAAAA